UGUAUCAUGACCGACAAAAACAGAUUAUACGAGUCAUGUUCCGUUAUCACUACGCACAGCCCUGAAUUAAAUCUAACACAUCACUCUAUAGAAUAUUAUAAAGUGUUUUUUACCAUCAAUUUAUUAGUAGGUGUAUUAAAGUUUAUUGAUUAAAACAUUGGAUUGUAUUUAUCUCAAUAUGGCUUUAACUAUGCAAGGCGGUGUAAAAAUACCUUUAAUUGGAUUAGGAACUUUUAAGGAUAUAAAUGAGACUGAACUUGAAGCUACUCUUAACAAAGCUCUAGAAAUGGGUUACAGGCACAUCGAUACCGCAGCAAUUUACGACAACGAGCAUGUCAUUGGUAGAGUACUAAAAGAAUGGUUUACAACUGGAAAAUUAAAACGAGAAGACGUAUUCAUCACAACGAAACUUAGCUUCAACAAAAACCACCCUAAUCUCAUAGAAGAAGCCCUGAAAGAGUCUUUGCAAAAACUUCAACUUGAUUAUGUUGAUUCAUAUUUGGUACAUUUUCCUAUUUACAUGACAGGUCAACUGGGAAAAGGAAAUUUGGAACCGCAACCAACGGACCAUCUGGCAAUCUGGAAAAAAAUGGAAGAACAAGUAGACGCCAAGCGAGCCAGAACUAUUGGAAUUUCAAACUGGAAUAUGCAACAGAUUGAUAGGCUUAUUAAAAACGCCAGAAUUAAACCAGCCAAUACACAAAUUGAGCUCCAUCUUUACUUCCAACAAAAAAAAUUGGUUGAAUUUUGUCACAAAAAUAAUAUCGUUGUUGUUUCUUAUGUGCCACUCGGAUCCACUGACACUGGUGAUUUUACCGCCAAAACCUACGGCAGGAACAUCAUUUUGCCAAAUGUACUUCAAGAACAAGUGGUAACUAAAAUAGCUGAAAAGCAUAAAAAAUCUGCUGCCCAAGUGAUUUUACGUUAUUUAAUUCAAAAAGAUAUUGUCGUUAUACCUAAAAGUAUUAAUCCUCAGAAACUGAGACAAAAUUUACAAAUUUUUGAUUACAAUUUGGAUUCGGAAGAUGUCAAAGCUAUGGAAGAUUUAGAUAGAGAUAUGGACGGAUUAAUAUUUCAUCAUGGUUUUUUGAAUCAACAUGUUACUAUGCAUCCAGAGUAUCCAUAUAAAGAAUAAUUUCAUAAAAAGUAUGGAGUCUUAAUAUUAUAAGUCCAGCUAUUGCAUUCUUUUGUUUAUAAUAUAAAUAAAGGUUUAAUAA